AUGGCGACAGUAAAUGAAUCAAAUGUAUGUUCAAUCUGUAAUAAACCUUCAAUUAAAUACUUUUGCAUUGGAUGUAAACAACAUUUUUGUCCAAAGGAUUUCAAAGGACAUGAACAACAACUAUCAAUAAAAUUCGAUAAUGAAAUAGUUAGAUCACACGAUGAACUUCUUGAUCAAAUACAAAAAUUAGAAAAAUCAAAUGAUUUUUCAUCUGAUCUUUUUACUCAAAUUGAAGAAUGGAAAAAAACAACAAUCAAUAAAAUAGAAAAAGCAGCAGAAAAAGCUCAUCAUGAACUUAUCGAAUUAAUCCAUAAACAAAGAAUCAAAAUAACAAAACAACUUGAAAUAAUGACAAAAGAAAUUCGUUAUCGUCGAGAAGAAAAUUUUCUCGAAAAUGAUAUUGUUCGAUUAAAACAAAAUCUCAAUAAAAUUCAAGAAACACUUCAACAAUUGUUUCGAAAAGAUACAAAGAAAGCCAUCAUUGUUGAUAAUGAUCAAAUUGAUUGGAAUCGACUAAUCUAUAUUCGAGAAGAACAACAAAACUGCGAGUAUAUUGAACUAGAAAUAGAGAAAAAUAGAAAUUCUAAAACAAGUUCAUCGAAUAUUAUUUGUCAUUCAAUCAAACUUUUUCAUUUCAUUAUUAUAUCUAAAUAG